UGCAUCAAUAAACAAGCCCAAGACGAAGGGUUGCUUUAUUAUUAUACAGUAGGAAAUUAUAAACAUCAAAAUGAGCCCAUUCCACCACGCUUACUAUCCCACAUUUUGAGUCUUAUCGAGGAAUCCUUAUCAGCAGGCAGUUGCAAAGUUUUUAGUCGGUGAUUAUCUGUGGCUCGAUUGUAAUGCAGUUGGAAUGAGAACGAAGAUCGUUUAAUCAGAGACAAUCUAGCUGUUCUUUGAGCGGAUCUUGUUAUAUAUUUACCUGUCUGGAAGAGUCAUGGAAAAUUCAACGUUCGGCGUGUCAGCACCAACAGCAAACUACAGCGAUAUUCCACAAAAUUAUCUCGACAUUUUCAAUCAUCUAGCACCCCAGAUCUCAAUCAUAGACCGUGUCAUCUCACCGAUUUUCUAUGUUAUAGGCCUAAUUGCUAAUCCUAUCACAACAAAAAUAUGGCUUAGCAGGAAGAUGCGAAAGAACAAUUCGUCGGCCAUAUAUGUCGGUGUUCUAUCAAUUGUACAUACCAUUUUUCUACUUCUACACAUCGUUCAAGAGUUGAAUUUUGCAUGGGGUGUUACAUCCUACACCAGGAUGUCAGUUAUGUGUGAGGUAUUCAACAUGGCAAUUUAUGUACCCCAGUAUUAUGCACCACUGUUGGUUCUCGCUUUCACCGUGGAACGGUACAUUGCUGUAAAUCACCCUUUUGUGAAGGAGAGAUUUUGCACUGUGAAACGUGCAAUAUACGUUUCUAUAGGUCUACUUAUAUUUUCGUUACAAAUUGCAUCGCUACAGACAUAUAUCUGGCAGUUUCAUCCCUCCGAAGGAACGUGCUACCCUUCGGAGGAUGUGGAACAAUUUGAAAAGAUUUGGACUCUGACGACCGAACUGACGUUAUUUAUGUUUGUUCCCGUGUGCGUUCUGGUAGUUAACAUCCUGGUUAUCAGAGAGAUUAGAAGAAUUACAUAUCAAAGUGCUUUACCACAACAAACGAGGGGAUGUGGCGGCCAAACUUCAACAAUUACUUUAUUAUCCGUUUCCUUUUACUUAAUAUGCACACUUCUUCCGGCAUCCAUUGUCUUUGCACUGCAAGGGGUUAUCAAACCCGGACAAGUAGCAGAUAUGGACACGAUGGCCUCAGAUCCAAUGUGGAAGAGAUACCUGCGAUAUAUGACAAUAAGAAAAGUUGUAGAGGAAAUCUGCAUGUCAAACUAUUCCUGUUACUUCUUUAUUUACUAUAUAACUGGAGAAAUUUUUCGUAGAGAAGUUAGAAAACUGUGUUGCUGGAGACUCUUCAAAUCGAAAAAAGACAAAAAUACAGUUUCCAGCAAAACAGAAUAUACUUUAGUGACCACUGAUAAUACACAUAUCAAACCAGAAAAGGCCAAUUAUACAGCAACAAACAAUUCAGAGUAUACUUUAGUUGCUACAGACAACACGAAGAAAUAUGAGAGUAGUACAGCAAUAUGACAGUUGUCAUAUUCAAUUUGCGUACACUUUUUCCUCAUAGUACAGAGUGCAACUAUCCAAAAACAUCCUGCAAUGUUAGAAAAAUGCAUAUGUCUUCGUAUUAAUGUACUAUGUCGAAACAGUAUUAUUUUUCAAUGAUGUGUAGAUGACAAUGGAACAUUUUUGCAGAAAAAAAAAUCGUUGAAAUAUUCUAGUUGUAUAUUGUUCAAGAUCUACAAAACUCGUGCAAUAUUCAUUCUUUGUUAAUGUUUUAUCAAUAUGCUUCACGAAGGACGUACAUUUGGAUAUAUUCAUCAGCUUCCCCAUCGUUUCUAAACUUCAGCAUAUAGUAGCAAUUGUCAUCGAUUCAAAAUAAAUCAUUCGAUUUCCAA